UGUGCGCGGAGAUUUCAAAUUGCUUUGUGGAGCGUCAGUUGAGAGGUUCGCCGCAGCCAGUCGGAUAGUCUUCACGCUAUCGGCAAACAUAGCUCGGUGAAGAAUAACAUUUAACCUCUUAGGGUUCUAAUAUCUCGGCAGACAUGGCUCCUCAGAAGAGGACCACGAAACAAGCCAAGCAAAACCCUAGGCAGGCCAAACUCGACGCCUUCCUCGAAGACUUCGACGCAGAAGUGAAGUCCCGGGUUCUGCAUCUGAAGGAGCAGCAGAUGCAACUGCUGACGGAGAUUGACAACAGAUACAACAUGGCCAUCAUCAAGCUUCCCAAGGCCGUCAGGCAGAUGAACUGGCUGCUCUACUUCAAUCCAGAGAAACCUCAAUCCCCAACGGUGGACGACUCAAAGAGAGGAGAGGUUCCUGAGCUGGAGAACAUUCUGGUGGAGAACCACAUGGCCGCUCCUAAAACGCUCCAGAAGUCAUCAAAGAAGGAGAGCAACGCCAAGUCUAGUCCAGAAGACGAGAACACGGCACCUAAGACCAAGAAGGUAAGGAGAGAGCUUCCCUCAACCUGUCCUCUGCUCACGUUCCUAGUAGGGGUGGGAAUCUCUUGGCACCUCACGAUUCGAUUCCGAUUACCUUGUCUUAGUACCAGCAGCAUGUUUGUUUUUAUAAAUGAUAAAAAACCAGAUGCAGGUGGUUGGCGUCUGAUCUCUGGUCCUCCUCUCCUCCAGGGCAAGUCCAAGAGGCCCCCCGUCACCUCCAAGAAGACCAGGGUCCAGUCGGUCCUCGGGCAGACCGGCAGGAAGUCUACCAGGAAGAAUUUGGUCACUCCUGCCAGAAGCAUGCUGGACUCUUCUAUGAUGAUGGGCGCCACUCCGCUCAUCACACCCCGCUUCGACCCCAGGCUUCCCAAGACCCCCGGGGUGAGGGUCCCCCGCCACAAGGAGAGGAUCUACAGCAUCUCAGUCAACGGCUCUCCCGUACAGUCCAGCAACCAGGACAUCGUCAUCAACGUUCCCAUCGGCAACGGAGAGAACAUCCAGCUGCUGGCCAGCCAGAUGGACAGCGUGGACCUGUCGUCGCUGGAUGAGGCGGCUCUCGAGGGAAUCAGACGCCUGCAGAGUCGCCUGGCAACCCUGUUGUGAGCAGGGAGCUUGAAUGGGCCUUCGACGGACGCAGACUUGUAAAUAGUGUAUCUGCUGUACUUUUAUUGUGGAGAACUUUGGAGCAACUUUCCUUGUGCAUUGAUGUCCGCAGAGCUGAAAAUAUUGAUAAUCUGGUCACUUAUACCUUGUAAAGAUUAUCUGGUCAUCGGGAUUCAUUGAUGUGUAUGUAUGAACCUUUUUUCAGGUGUUUUUAGAAAUGUUAUUUUCUUUCUGUAUGGAGUGCAUUAUGGGUAUCCCGUGAUACCUUUGACCACCAGCAGAUGGCUGCCUUGUAUUAAAAGAUUAAAAAGGGUAAA